AUGUCUGCGUUUAGAUUGCUUUGGCUUCAAGCGGCUGUGGCCGCCAUUGGCAUCCUACCUGUUGAAGGCCAGACUCGCCAAGCAGCCAGUCCAGGCUAUAUUGGAAGAGACUCUGCCUGUCCCACUCGAUGCAGCGUAUCCGGUCCGAAUCCCGCAAAAUGGCCCAUGUAUCACCACUUUGAACAAUUUCAUUCUUGUAAAGAAACUUUAUUCUACCAGUUUGCCCUAUACGAUGCUGUCGACGAUCCAGACACCAAUCACCACAUCUAUGCGUGCUCAUCCUAUGGCCCGGACUGGGAGAAUCUUGCCAAAUUUCCUAAUAUCCAGCCACUGGUUUCUAAUGCUAAUGCCACUUAUGAAAUCGGCUGGGAUUCUGACGAAGGAGGGGGAGUUGCGUGUGAACUCCGAUCCUUAUUAUCACAAACGCAUCAAUAUCUCUCGAGCGGUUACGCAACCAAUAAUGAAAGGGCUGCAUUCCUUUACGGUCAAACAGGAAAAGCUCUCAUUGGCCUCCGUAUCGGAAAGGGUUUGGAAAGUGCCCGCGUGGGUGCCUUGGCUCUCACGAUGCUGCAAGAACACUUGGCCAACACUGACGUAGCCGCCAGUACGUUGGCUAUCCAGCUCUGUCAGUCGACCUACGGUCGUGACCAUACCUUUGGACUUGUUGUUACAAGCCGAGGUGGAUUCUCGAGCGUGCAGGAGAAGCUUAGGUCCUGGGAAAAUGGCCAAUGCGUACAAUUGAGUCACUCCAAGCGCAUCACGGGUCCCGCCUACUUCACAACUCCUCUUGAACAGGCACUGAAUUAUACAAACACGACUGGAAGCUGGAAUCAAACUACUUUGCGCGGUGUCAAAGUCGCGAAUCGAGCAACAGGCGAAUGCCGCACGGUUCAGGUCAAGUAUCUCGAAGGCUGUCCAGAGCUCGCCGUCAAGUGCGGCGUCUCUGGUUACGAUUUCGAGAGAUACAACCCCGGAAACGACUUUUGCAGCACCCUUGUUCCGGGACAGCACGUCUGCUGCUCUGCGGGCGAGCUGCCCGAUUACCGGCCGAAGCCGAACCCAGAUGGCUCCUGCAAGUCAUGGCCGGUCCACGGCGGUGAUACCUGCGCCAGUAUUGCUGCAGAGAAUGGCAUUACCAUGGAAGAAAUCGUCGUCUUCAACGAAAACACAUGGGGCUGGAACGGAUGCGGCAGCAACAUGUGGGAGGGCACGCUCAUUUGCUUGACCAAGGGCACGCCACCGAUGCCGGCACCAAUCGCCAACACGGUCUGCGGUCCGCAAGUCCCCGGUACGAGGCCGCCGACUGACGGUACGGAUCUUUCAAAGCUAAACCCGUGCCCAUUGAAUGCAUGCUGCGAUGUUUGGGGCCAGUGCGGUACUACUGCUGAGUUUUGUAUCGACACCAGCACUGGCGCGCCGGGGACAGCGAAGAAGGGCACAAAUGGGUGCAUCUCCAACUGCGGCACUGAUCUGGCCCGCGGCGAUGCGCCAGAAACAUUUCGCAAGAUUGGCUAUUUUGAAGGAUACAACCUUGCACGCAAGUGUCUCAAUGUGGAUGCCCGGCUGAUUGAUACGUCUCAAUACACGCAUCUGCACUUUGGAUUCGGCAGCAUCAGCGCCGACUACGAGAUUGAUAUGCCUGACAAACUCACAGAGUACGAGUUUGAAAGUUUCAAGCGCUUGACGGGUGUCAAGAGAAUCCUGUCAUUUGGUGGCUGGGAAUUCUCGACGAGCCCAAGCACUUACAACAUCUUCCGUCAAGGUGUCACGCCCGCGAACCGCCUUAAGCUGGCCACAAACAUUGCCAACUACAUCAAGAAGCAUCGCCUUGAUGGUGUUGAUAUUGACUGGGAGUAUCCUUCUGCCCCAGAUAUUCCCAACAUUCCGGCCGGCGACAAAUCCGAGGGCUACAACUAUCUUGCCUUUCUCGCCGUGCUGAAGAAUCUUCUUCCUGGACGAUCAGUGUCUAUCGCGGCACCUGCCUCAUAUUGGUACCUGAAGGGCUUCCCAAUUGCCCAAAUGAGCAAAAUCAUCGACUACAUCGUUUACAUGACCUACGACUUACACGGUCAAAAUCAGUGGUCGCAGCCAGGUUGCCCGUCAGGCAUGUGUCUACGCAGCGCUGUCAAUCUAACCGAAACAGUCGAGGCCUUGGUCAUGAUUACGAAAGCUGGCGUACCUUCCAACAAGGUUGUUGUCGGGGUCACUAGCUACGGACGAUCCUUUGGCAUGGCCAAGGCAGGAUGCUACGGUCCAGACUGCUUCUACACUGGCGGGCCGGCCGAUUCUCAUGCCAAAAAGGGCGAGUGCACCGACACUGCUGGGUACAUCUCAGACGCCGAGAUCAAGGCCAUCAUCAACACUCCAGAGCGCGUCAACCACAAUUUCCUCGACGGCACCAGUAACAGCAACAUACUGGUGUACGAUGACACGGAGUGGGUAUCAUGGAUGAGUCCCGAAGUCUUGAACUACAGGACAAAAGUCUACAAGGCGUUCAACAUGGGCGGCACGUCCAACUGGGCCAUUGACUUGGAAAACUACGUGGACCCUCCUCCCGGCAUCGGGAGCUGGCCCGCGUUUGUUAUCAAGGCGAGACAAGGAAAUGAUCCAUGGGACUAUGGAGAGAGGCAUGGAAACUGGACCGAGAUCAAAUGCGACGACCGCAGCGUGGCUGACCUACGCGGGUUGAGUCCCCAGUCACGUUGGAACAUGAUGGACGCUUCCGACGCCUGGAAUGACGCCGUUCAAGUAUACAAGUCUAUUGACAGGAAAAGAAAUCGCAUCUUUUCGCGAUCCAUCUCGGACACGAUCCAUGGCCCCCAACAGUCGGAUUGUGGAGUUUUACUUACAUGGAACAACUGCGAGACUAUUCAACUCUGUACUGACAUGGUCGGCUCUGGGACUGGACCGGCUGGCUAUGAGAUUUGGAAUAGCUUUGUCCUCAUCCGUGAAAUAUACUCCUCCUUUUACAACGCGCUCACCGCCGCUGGUGGUACAUCCAUCACAGGUGAAAUGGCAGCAUUUGUCAAGACGUUUGCUCCUGUCCCGCCACCAAAGGAUGACUCGCUGUGGCUCAAUAUUUUGAUGGAUGCUGUCGGCCUUGGGUCGACGUUGGUUGCUGGCCCCUUCUUCAACUCUGCCAAUGCGGCAACGGCUGCCAACUUGAAGGACACGACCAUGGCAAUGAUCUCUGGCACAACAAACAUUGCAAAGGACCUUCUAGCUGGCAAAUCACCAGAAAGCAAUUGGACCGAAGAUAAGCAAGAUUUGUUUGCGGCGUACAUGGCCCAGACGGUCGAUUUAUGGGGCGCUUCAAUUGAAGGCUCACUGUAUUGGCUGUUCAAUGGUACCGAUGAGGCUAUCAGUGCCUUGACCGAAAUCAUUUCCGAUGGCAAGCUGAUUGCCGGCGCCAACAUGAAUGUGCCCGGCCCGAAAGACAUAUUGCAAGGGUCGGCGUCUGAUAUGAAGACCAACAUGGCAAGGGCCUUUUUCUCGUACGCGAUUCCUGCCGUUUGGACAGCCUCAGGGCAUCACCCAUUCGUCGUCGAUUCGGGCUACGCGUGCGGGACAAUCGAUCCCCUCGGCAUUUACAUGACGGUGGACACGAUGAGCAAGACCUGGGGUUGCUACGAGGACAAGCUGUACUACCUGGUCGUUCCAGAAGGCGAUGCGUAUAAAAACGUGCAGAACCCGACGGGCCCUGGAACGCACAAGGAAAAAAACAAGUUUUCACCUCCUGCUGGCGUGCAGUCCUUGGGUGGUGAUUUAUUUGGUGGGGUGACGUUGUCUGAUCUCAUCACUGGAUCCGUCCGCACUUACAAGAACAAUGGCAACACAAACGGCGCUCCUCCAGCGGACCCGAGACACAUCAACGCGGAAGAUCUCAUGAAGCAAGACGUCACGACCCCCGGCUUCAUUCGUCUCCCCGUGUGCAGUCCCGAGAUGGCCUUCAGGGCGUGGGACGGCCCCGGCGGCGACUCGCGCCUCAAGACGCCCAACUACCCGUGCGUCGCGCUCAAGCUGCCGGACCGCUGCGGCGACUCGACCUUUGUCGACCAGACGAGCGGCGCGUCGCCGCUCGUGUCCGACUGCGAGAUGAUCAUCAAGAACCUGCAAAACGGGGACGGCCACGCGGACCACGAGGUGGAAAACGCGAUUGGCAAGCAGCACCAGCUGGACCAGUACGGGAGCUGCAAGUUUGGCGUGCAGGGCAAGGGCAAGAAUGGCAACAUUGACUUUCACGUCGGCGGGCAGGACAUUGUGGAUCUGAUCCGCGACUCGAUUGAUCGGUUUGGCGGGAGCGGACGGGUAGGCGCCAAGGGAAGGAUGAAGUGCGACGGCACGGUGAAGAAGCAGGAUGUUGAGUGGGGUUUAUACUAA